AUGAAAGCACUUACAUGUGACCUUUGUGUUUUUUGUGACUUCAGUAUCAAUCUGCCACAGAGAGUAGAAGCUCUACAAGGAUCCUGUGUUUUCAUACCCUGCACAUUUGACAUCGAUCAACAACUUAACAGUUACCUCACUGAUAGUGCAAAGAGAAAAUGGUUUAAGGGUGUAACACCAGUGUUUGCCUCCAACAGCCCCAACACUGGACUGUUAAAAGGAGAAAUAUUCGGCACUGCUACACAGAAAAACUGCAGCACACGCUUCGAUAAUGUCAAUCAGAGUCAUAAUGGGUCAUAUUACUUCAGACUUGAAGCCAAUGGUAAUUUGCAAUAUAACUACAAAGAACCUAAACACAACCAUGUUCAAAUUGGUGUCUUAGGAUCUCCACCCAAACCCACACUGAGAGUCUUUAAGGAUCAGCAGGAGGUGAUGGAGACGGAGGAGGUGAUGGAGGGAAGUUCAGUGAGUCUGCGCUGCUCUACUAAGAUCUUCUGUCCGUCUCGUCCACCGUCUCUCACAUGGAGCUCAUCUCUCAAUGAGAACAUCACAGGACGGCAGUAUCAGAACCAAACUGAGCUCAUCUCUGAUCUGAACUUCACUGUUUCUCACCGUCAUCACGGAGUCACUUUCAACUGCUCUGCAACACACCAGCUACAGCAGAAGAUCACAACACAAGAGUCCCGUAUGCUACGAGUUCAGUAUGCUCCUAAAAACACAUCAGUGAGGAUAAACCCAGCUGGUUUAGUUCUGGAGGGUCGUUCAGUGACUCUGAGCUGCAGCAGUGAUGCAAACCCAGCAGUGAACUACACCUGGUACAGAGACACUGAAGAACUCCUGAAUCCAGUUCAGACCGGACCAGACCUGACCAUCAACAACACGGACCCGACACACAGUGGACGAUACUACUGUAGAGCUGAGAACAAACACGGCACUCAGAACACAUCAGUGCUGCUGGACGUCCAGUAUGCUCCUAAAAACACAUCAGUGAUGAUAAACCCAGCUGGUUUAGUUCUGGAGGGUCGUUCACUGACUCUGAGCUGCAGCAGUGAUGCAAACCCAGCAGUGAACUACACCUGGUACAGAGACACUGAAGAACUCCUGAAACCAGUUCAGACUGGACCAGACCUGAUCAUCAACAACACUGACCCGACACACAGAGGACGAUACUACUGUAGAGCUGAGAACAAACACGGCACUCAGAACACAUCAGUGCUGCUGGACGUCCAGUAUGCCCCAAAAAACACAACGUUGUCAGCGUUUCCCUCCAGCUCAGUGAUGGAGGGCAAACCAGUGGCUCUGAACUGCAGGACUGAUGCAAACCCAGCAGUAAACUACACCUGGUACAGAGAGACUGGAUCUCAAUUUGAGUUUCUCCAGACUGGAUAUAAUCACACCUACAUCGUGACAAACCCUACACACGGCGCAUGGUAUGGCUGUAAUGCUCAAAACCAGCAUGGCCAACGCAACGCUACAAUUCAACUUGAUGUUCAGUUUGCACCCAAAAUCUCCAGCUCUUGUAGCCGAAACAGUGUAAUCGCGUGUGUCUGUGAGGCUCAUGGGAAUCCCUGCCCUACACUAGAGUGGCGUCUGUCUGGACAUGUGCUCGCUAACUCUACAGAAACCUCCAUCAGUGAGGAGACGCUAGGAAGCACAGGAGUGAAGAGCGUCCUGACCACCCGUCAGUCCCUCACAGACACGCACGUCCUGCAGUGUUUCAGCUCAAACACUUACGGCAGAGCGAGUCAACAGUUUCAGACCUUCCCAUCAACACAAGAGACAAGUUUCCAUUAUCCAUCGGUGCUGCUCGGAGCUGCUGUUGGCGUCUCAGUGAUGAUGAUCGUGUGCAUCGUGAUGCUCUGCUGUGAACGAAGAAGGAAAGAAAAACCUUCAGAAACCAGACAAGACGACAUAUCUGGACUCACUCUGACUCAAACAGCCGUUGCUCUGGAUAAUGACGGCCAGUUUGUUUACGGCAAUAACGGCAUGCUGUCAUCCACCGCACCAAGUUCACCAGAAUCUCUUCAUUAUUCCUCCAUCGACUUCACAAACACUGAACCGCCGUCAGGAGAGAUCACGGGCAUCGCCUCGUGGAUAGGAUAG